UGUUUAGUAAGUAGUGCGCUGUGCGACUGUGCUGAAAAGACGCAUGCGGCGAGCGGCACCUCGGAGUGUAGCGUUUGCAGAUUGUGAUCAACUUUUUUAACGAGGUGUAUUGACUAUUUUAAUAAUAAAUUAGUCAGUAUUUUUCGAAUUCCAUCAUGCUAUCAUCACCGAACGCACCGUCAUCUGCUAAUAAGAACAGCUCAGCAGUGAAACCAACUUACACAUUAAAAUACACUUUGGCUGGCCAUACCAAAGCAGUUUCUUCUGUCAAAUUCAGUCCAAAUGGAGAAUGGUUGGCAAGUUCAUCUGCUGAUAAAUUGAUCAAAAUUUGGGGGUCAUACGAUGGAAAGUUUGAAAAAACUAUUGCAGGUCACAAAUUGGGUAUAUCUGAUGUAGCCUGGUCAAGUGAUAGCAGACUUUUAGUUUCUGCAUCAGACGAUAAAACUUUAAAAAUUUGGGAAUUAAGUUCGGGAAAAUGUUUAAAAACAUUGAAAGGUCAUAGUAACUACGUAUUCUGCUGUAAUUUUAAUCCUCAGUCUAAUCUUAUUGUAUCUGGAUCGUUUGAUGAAAGCGUAAGAAUAUGGGAUGUACGAACAGGAAAAUGUUUAAAAACUCUACCAGCACAUUCUGAUCCUGUUAGUGCAGUGCAUUUUAAUAGGGAUGGCUCUUUAAUAGUAUCCAGCAGUUAUGAUGGAUUAUGUCGGAUUUGGGAUACGGCAUCAGGACAGUGUUUAAAAACUCUAAUUGACGACGACAAUCCUCCAGUAUCAUUUGUAAAAUUCUCACCAAAUGGAAAAUAUAUUUUAGCUGCAACAUUAGAUAAUACUCUUAAACUGUGGGAUUACAGUAAAGGAAAAUGUUUAAAAACUUACACGGGGCAUAAAAAUGAAAAGUAUUGCAUUUUCGCAAACUUCUCUGUCACAGGUGGAAAGUGGAUUGUGUCUGGCUCAGAAGAUAACAUGGUGUAUAUUUGGAAUUUGCAAUCAAAAGAAAUAGUUCAAAAACUACAAGGUCACACAGAUGUAGUACUGUGUACAACGUGCCAUCCCACAGAUAAUAUCAUAGCAUCAGCAGCUUUAGAAAACGACAAAACCAUCAAAUUAUGGAAGAGUGACACGUAAAACGCUAUUUAUUUUAUUUUACAAAACUUGUAAAUGAAUUGAAUAUUUUUUGUACUCGUUAUUUUUUUUCUACAAAUUUAAUUUUAAUUUAGUUUUACACAUCGAUGGACUUUUCAUUGGAAAAGUUGCAUUCUUAAUUUAUAAAUAAAUGAUGGUUGCGAACGUAUACAUACAACAAUAAAUGUCCGACGAUGAAAAUAUAUUUAGGAAAAGCUAUGUGAAAUAAAUUUUUUUAUAAAUCAAA